UGCAUGCGAGCACCGUAGCGUUACCGCAUUACAGGAGGCUUCAGCUUCUCCUCAGCGCUAACGCUCUUACACUGCCUUCACUGAUCAUCAGAAUUUCCUGCUCAUUUCACAACAUUUUCGCAAAGCAGCUUGAUGACAUUCACAUGUGAGAAGUGAGACAGAGCAUCCAGACAACCAGAGGCAGGGCCGGAGCUCCAGAGCCACUCCCUGCCAGAGCUCCAGCAAGCACCUCCUCUCCGCAGUCUCCUCCACCCCAGGGAUGCUCCUCUGCUAGGGGUUAUGACAGAGCAAGAAAUGGCUUCAACCACUAUUUUUCCAUGUACCCAUGGCGAUGCCUACCUGCAGCCCCUGAUGGUGGGCUCUGUGAUGAGGAAGGUGAAGUCACGCUCCCGUAAUAAGCAGCGCUACUUCAAGCUGCAGGACGAUGGCGUUAACAUUUGUGAGCUGUCCAAGGAGGAUGGAAAGGCCCAGUUCACAUUCUCAGUAGGUGACGUAGAUUCCGUGCGGGAGGGGCACCAGUCUGAGGUCUUGCAGAGCAUCGCAGAUGAGUUCCCUGCGAAUCGCUGCUUCACACUGGUGUUCCGUGGUCGCCGUGGCAACCUGGACCUGGUGGCGGAGUCAGCGGAAGAGGCCCAGACCUGGGUCAAGGGCGUGCGGAAGCUGAUGGAACAUCUGGAAAGCAUGACGCCGAAGGAGAGAAUAGACCAAUGGAUUGGGGACUGGUUUCGAAAGGCAGAUAAAAACAAGGAUGGACGGAUGAACUUCAAGGAGGUGCGGGACCUGCUGAAGAUGAUGAACAUAGACAUGAAUGAACACCAUGCCCUCCACCUCUUCAGGUUGGCGGACAGAUCGAAGUCAGAGACGCUGGAGGAUGAGGAGUUUGUGGUGUUCUACAAGAUGCUGACGAAGAGGGAGGAUGUGUUGCGGGUGUUUAAGGAUUAUUCCGGAGAUGGGCAGAAGCUGAGCCUGAUGGAUUUGGAGGACUUCCUGCGAGACGAGCAGCAGGAGAGCGGGAGCAGCCAGGAACGUGCCCUGGAGGUUAUUAACCGAUACGAACCUUCUGAAGCAGCCAAAAGAAUUCCAGCCAUGUCCAUCGAUGGAUUCCUCAUGUACCUGAGCUCACCUGAGGGGUCCAUCUUCAACUCAAAGCUGCAGGGCAUCUGCCAGGACAUGAGCCAGCCCCUUUCCCACUACUUCAUCUCCUCCUCACACAACACCUAUCUGCUGGAGGACCAGCUCAUUGGCCAAAGCAGUGUGGAGGGAUACAUUCGGGCCCUGAAGCGGGGCUGUCGGUGUGUGGAGCUGGACUGCUGGGACGGUUCCAAUGGAGAACCGAUCAUCUACCAUGGACACACCUUCACCUCAAAGAUCCUCUUCAAAGAUGUCAUCAUAGCUGUGGAAAAGUAUGCCUUCAGGGCGUCGGAGUACCCCCUCAUCCUGUCCAUGGAGAACCACUGCGGCGUCGAGCAGCAGGCGGUAAUGGCGCAACAUCUCCAGCGCAUCCUGGGGGACAAGCUGCUGAGGAGCCCCGUGGACAGCAAGCUCCCCGAUAGGCUGCCUUCCCCACAGGAGCUGAUAGGUAAGAUCCUGAUUAAGGGGAAGAAGAUCAGCAGAGUGGACAAGAGCCCAAGCAGAGCGGACAGAGUGGACAAGAGCCCAAGCAGAGCGGACAGAGUGGACAAGAGCCCAAGCAGAGCGGACAGAGUGGACAAGAGCCCAAGCAGAGCGGACAGAGUGGACAAGAGCCCAAGCAGAGCAGGGAGAGUGGACAAGAGCCCAAGCAGAGCGGGAACAGUGGACAAGAGCCCAAGCAGAGCGGACAGAGUGGAGGCAGAGGAGCCUCUGGUAGCCGAAGUGAGUGAUGAGGAAGAGGAUGCUGAUGUCCCUGAGGAGAACUCACACCAUGCAGGCAGCCCACGCCAAAGGCAUAAGACGCAUCUAUUCAGACAGCUCUCAGACUGUGUAGUGUACUGCAAGAGUGUCCAAUUCACCAGCUUCGAGCAUUCUCGCCUUCAUUCCAAGUUCUAUGAGAUCUCUUCCUUCACUGAGUCCAAGGCCCGGAAACUCAUUCGCUCAGCAGGAGCUGACUUUGUGCACCAUAAUGCCAGGCAGUUGACCAGAAUUUACCCAGGGGGCCUCAGAACAGACUCAUCCAACUACGAUCCACAGGACAUGUGGAAUGUGGGGUGCCAGUUAGUCGCUCUCAACUUCCAGACAGCUGGGGAGGAGAUGGACCUAAAUGAUGGUCUGUUCAACCAGAAUGGUCGCUGUGGCUACGUCCUGAAACCCAAGUUCCUGAGGUGCUGCAAGAGGAGGUUUGACCCAGAUAACCCUCAGGAUCGUGAAGAGUACCAGCCCGUCCGCCUCGCCAUACAGGUGAUAAGUGGACAGCAGUUUCCAAAAGUGAGCAAAAAAGAGGGCUCCAUUGUUGACCCAUUUGUGAGAGUAGAGGUCCAUGGGGUACCACUUGACGAAGCCAAGCAGGAGACCAGAUAUAUUGACAACAAUGGGUUCAACCCGCUGUGGUACGACACAGUGCAGUUCGUCCUCCAUGCUCCAGAGCUGGCUCUGGUGCGCUUUGUUGUGGAAGAUUAUGACCAUGCAUCAAAGAAUGACUUCAUCGGCCAAUACACCUUGCCAUUCACUUGUAUUCAGCCAGGAUACCGUCAUGUCCCCCUGUUGUCCAAAGAUGGCACUAGUUUAUCCCCUUCCUCCUUGUUUGUGCACAUCAGGAUCACAAAGCUUAAUUCUCCAUGACCUCCUGCAUGAGUGCUUUAGGAACAUGCUUCAGUUCCUGUGAACACAGUGCUUACCCUGGGACUGCAAGAGAUGUCUGUACCUCCCCUGCUAUGUGUAGAUCUGAGUGUGUAUCUAUGUCUAGAUCAAUGGAUAGCUGCCAAAUAUAAAGGAAAAAAGGAAACACCAACCAUAUUAUACAUCUCUGUACAGUUCUUGACAUACUAUUCUUAAUGAAACUACAUGCUCAUGCCCUAGAUUGAUAUUUGUCAUCUGAUUCAGUUGCUCCUCUAUUUUGCCUUGAAUCUGAAACCAAUGCACAGACGUCAUGGUCGAGGAGUAUGUACUUUUGACCACAGCUGCCCCUAGAUGUCUUUCCCCAUCUGACUUCCAUUCCAACAUUACCUUAGCUACUGUUCCUUGAAAAGCAUUAGCAAGUUGAGCGGUCUACGUGCCCCAACAGCCACCCUCUUUCAAAGUCACCAAGAUCUCCUAUUCAAGCCAUGAAAGCCAACAUAAUGGGCAACUUGACCGGUCUAGCAUUUUUAUGCACAACUGUGAGCAUGCUGAGAUGUUACUUGAUUAGUUAACUCCAAAACCACUCUUGUGUGGAAGCACCUGCUUUGAACAUCCUUUAUAUUUCUCAGUUACACAAGUGUUUCCUUUAUUUUGGCAACUAACUGUAUGUUAAUCAUGACUGUACAAUGUUUAAAGAAGAUGGCUAAAUUGGAUGUUUAUUAAUUGGUCAUCAGUAAAAUCUUUUUUACAGAAAUAAAUCCUAUGUUAUUGUUGCAGUGGGAUGAAUGUUCUCACCACACAGACUAUUAUUUUCUAAGGUUCUCUGUCCUGAGUAAACAUUAGUCAACACAACAGUUAGAAAGACAUAUUCAUGUAAAACAGUUUAUUCAUUGACCAUUAAAGGAAUUAAAAGUUGCAUGGAA